UUAUGCAAGGUUUACAUGUUAUUGUUCACUGUUUUGUUACAGUUUAUCUAUGGAUUCAUCUCGCCCAAGUACAAGCUCUCGCCUAAACCUGAAGAAGAGAUUCCGCGAAUCUUGAAGUCAAUUGGCUAUCCAUUUCUGAUAUCUCGGACAUCUAUGUUUGCUAUUGGUAGUCUCCAUACAUGGCCUCACAUCUUGGUAGCCUUGACCUUUCUCAUUGAACUUAUUAAUUAUGGUAUGGCUAUAGGGGAGCAUAUGGAGAAUAUGAUGUUUCCACCAGAUGAUGAUGGUUUUGAUAGUGACACUAUGUCUGAGGCUCAAUAUUUUACCAGACACAAGUUUUUAGGGGCAGGUGGCAUUGAUGGUUUAAUAGAAGAAAACAAUGCACUAGAACAACAGUUAGAACUCCUCGAGAAAGAUCCUGACCAUUUAAAGGCAGCCAAUCAGAGAUUACAAUUGUUACAACAUGAUGAUGAAAGACUUGUCAGUUACCUCAAUGAGUUAGAGACACAUAAAAGACAACAGGAACAACAACUGACCGAGGUCGAGGAACUUUGUGCUAACCUGGCAAUAGAACUGGAAUCAGAGAAUGCCAAGGUAUUGAAAAUGCAGUUAAUGUACGAGAACCAGGAGUUUACUCAGGAAGAUGUGGAACGUAUUAACAUGAGAACACGAGAACUAGAGCGACAGAAAGCUGACAUUGAGAAAAAUAUACAGGCUGUAGAUGAAGAUAUCUGGAAAGAGGAGAUAGGACUCUCAAAAGAAGUUGAACAGAUCCAGUCAAAGUGUCAAGCAUAUAAUAAAUUGGCUCACAGUUUGAAGCUAAUACCUAUUACAGCUGAAAACUCAUCUGGUAUUGACUAUGAACUGAAGAAAACUGCCUACACUGAUGGUACUUUGUCCAACUUCCAAGAUAUUAUAAAGCCUGCAUUGAUAACCCUGAAACAACAGUGUGCGGACACUGCCAAUCGUCAAAACUCAGAAAAGAUCAAAGUGAAGGAGCAGUUAGAACAGGCAUCCGAGUAUGUGAGUGAUCUACAGAAUGAGGUUGGUUUAUUGGAGAGUAAAUAUAAGAGAGCAGAGGAUGAGGUGGAGGCUAAAAAACAGAUGUAUUUGAAGGAGAUACAGAGAAUGCAGGAGUGUGUAGAAGAGCUUCAGAAUGAAAUGGUACAUUUAGAAAGUGUCAUGUUCCUAUCCCAACAAGAUGCUUCAACCGAGAAGAAAAAACUAGACUCUUGGUCAUUACAAGAAAGAGAGAAGGCAAGGAGAAAAUUGGAACAGCAUAAAAAUUUCUUGCAGGAAGCUCUUCAAACCUUUAUGGAACAUAUGGAGAACAUGCAGGCAAAGUUAGCAGAAGCCCACGAAGAUUCUGAAGCCUUGAAAGAGAAAGUUAGACAGGAGGCUUCUGCAAAGGGCAUCGAGUGACUGAAGACAGGGUGACAUGUGGAUCUGUUUGUGUCUACAUAUCCAAAGUGACUCGCCAUGAACUGUGUAGUAGAUCAACUCUAGUGCUUGUUUAACUUGUAUUAUUUGAUGAAUCAAAUAAACAAGACUUUGGUCAGCUUGGAUGUAAUUCAGUAGUCUUGUUAUGUUAAUUCACAAAGACAUAGCUGCAGGCAUUAGUGUUCCAUUAAGAUGUUGCUAUUACAUUUAGUUGUUGCAAACAGUUUAACAAGUGUAGUUAUGGCGGACUGUUUAGCAAGCUGUUAGAAGACAAAUGCAGUUAUAAUCAUUAUUUUGUCUUUCCUCUGUAGCUUUAUAUUUAAGAGAGAUUUUUUAAAGUACAUUUUGAAGUAUUUAUUGUUAAAUUUGUUACCUCAUCAUAACUGUUAAUUGACAGAUGCUAUCAGUUACAGGUUACCCAUACACUCUAGGUACUGUUGUCAAAAAUAUAACCAGUGUGGGUUUUACGAACU